ACAAAGAACUGAGUGCAACAGAUGCUUAGACUUCAGUCAGUUUGUAAUCAACAGAGAUUAUCAAGAUGAUCUGGGUCCUGUACUUGCUUUGUAUGGCUGUGGGUUUAGGAGCAGUCCGUGCAGGUCCGCUCAUAAACAAGAUGCAAGACAAGGUUGAACCACAGGAAGAAGUCAACGUGCUCAUGUUUGGUGUCAUACAAUUCAGCGAAUCCCUUAACUAUGUUUAUGAAACCACUGAGGCAAAGAUAGCGAAAAUCAGCCAGACUAUGAAGAGCCAUGAGGCAACGCUGCAAAUACUGGGGAAGCAGACUGAGCAGGCCGCUGAGGUGGAGAAACAGAUGAAAGAAGUAAUACAGCUGCUACAGGCCCAGAUGGCCAAGCAACAAGAUCAGACCAAGAUGACUAAAGACAGGCUGGCCAGCAUGGAGCAGGAAGAGGUGGAGCUGGAGACAAAAGUGAAGAGGUUGGAGGUGUAUCUCAACAACUCUGUACCCACCAGCAUCAAAGCGCUGCAGGAGAGAGCAGAGGAACACUCCAUGGUCUUGAAAGGUUUACAGCAUUUGAUCCAGUUCCAGAAAGAGAACAUUGACACUCAGAAUGAGCAGCUCUCCAAACUGCAGAAGAUGAGUGAAACUAUGACAUAGUUUUAAGAUUCACCACUGAGGUCUCCCAGUCUCUGCAGCUCUGAAUGAGACACGUCCACCUAGAUCUCAGCUCUGGAACAUCAUUGCACUCCCUUCCAUGUAUACUGCAGAUCUACUGUACGGCCAGAUUUUUUUUUUGUUAGUACCCUUAUGAUUGUGUCCAUGUUUUUU